UUUGUGAACACAGAACAUAACGUGGGUGCAUUUGCCAUCGCGGAAUUUGUGGAUAAUUCCUUAACCGCCACCGCUAAUAACAAGGAGAGGAGAAAAAUACAAAUCGAGUUCCACAACAAUGGAUCAAAUUCAUAUUUGGCCGUGUUAGACAACGGGUGCGGGAUGAAUUCGGAGAUGCUGCAAACUGGCUUAAAAUUCAAAGCACCAAAAGAUUCACGUCCCAACGACGUGUCAGACUUACCCACCCAAUCAGUAAACCCGGGAAGUGACGAGGAAGCCGCAAGGGAGGAAAUUCAUCCUAUUUUCCUUAACUCAAACAUUAGCAAAUUUGGAGCAGGAUUAAAACAAGCCGUUUUCUGGUUGGGAGAUGAUGCCAAAAUUAUAACAAAGAGGGCAGAAAGUAGAACGGUGUACGAAGUUCAUUACUCACGGGAAAAUAUGGAAGCUAAAGAAUCAGCCAAGAGUGAAGAUGCCUGGAAUGUUGCUAUUAAGAUGCGUGACGUGUCGGAAUUAAAAGGCGUACAGGUCCCUCCAUUGCUGAAAGCCUUAAUCGAAGCGAGGGAAACAUCAGAGCCAAGCUUUACAUAUAUUAUGAUCCAAAACUUGAUAAAAGGUGAUGCUACCUCUCCCCUCCAAUUUCUCCAGCAACAGGAUAGUAGUCUCGAUGUCAAGCCCAGCAUUGAAAAACAAUUGGCUCACAUUUACCACUAUUAUCUCCAUGGUCGAGACGGAAAUACUGGAAAAGAAUCAAUGAAUGGCACUAUGGUCGAUAUAGAAGUUACUCGAUUUGAUUCAACCGGGAAAAAAGUGUCAUCAAUUAAUUUACGCGAAUUGGUUGAAGCAAAUUUGGACUUGGAAUCAAGAUUUGUUCGGACAGCGGCGUCAGAUCCGUUCCGUUUCACAAUUGAAGUUUUAAAAUCCCAACGAGUUAACGGACCCAUGAUUCCAAAGUUGAGACUUGGAGGCAUAAUUCGGUACCAUCCCUAUGAAUAUUACCACGAAACUUAUCCAGUCAAUAAGGUGGCAAAUAUUUCCGGUAGUCUUGACCCACGUGACGUCAACUCUGAUCAAACCCUUCAACCAAUGGAAGACAAAAAUUAUCGGAUAGAUAAUAAAGAUUUUUUUCAUCUAUGGUGGAACGGAAGAUUAAUUCCUUGCACGAAAUUGGAUGCGUUUCCAUGGUGUAGCCCUUCAGAGAGGGGUAAAAAUCCUGACAAGUUGUACAAGUCUUACGGGCGCAUAUCAGGCUCGCUUUUUCUUGACGGUCACAUUUGUGAAAUUACCGACAACAAAUUAAAUCUUACAACAACGACGAAAAUAUCUGAAAUAAUUGAUAAAAAGAUUCAUUCAGUUCAGUCGACCUUUAAACUGGUUAAAUCCCACGGAAACACUCUUAAAGCAAAACGUGUGGGAAAUGAUGUUAGAAAAGCUUUUGAAGCUUGGUUAACAACGUGUCAAAAAUAUGACAAGGAGGUCUGCUACACAAACGUGUUACGUGAUUCACAGAAGGGUCCCAUUAUAAGGAAAGUUCGUUUUCAAACUUACUUUGAAUAUGGCGCAGCAGAGUGGAAAGAGUCCGGGAUAAAAUUACAAGUUGGUGACGCUGUUCAACUGAAAACCAGUUCGAUUAUCUUAGGGAAAAUUAAAUCUUUCUACGUCCAGUUUGAAAAUUGUUUGCUUGAAGAUGAAUAUGUGGCAAAUUCAAGCACCCGGCCGCUUCCUGAAGUUCAUGCACCUGUUUCCUAUUUUGAUAUUGAACACUGUCCUGCUCCUUAUUACGCGAGGGAUGGCGAGGAAAUCCCGAUUCGUCGCAAGAGGAUGAGUCAAAUAGAUACAACGCGGCUACAAGUUAGUGUAGAAGAGCUAAUCGCGAGGCAGGCGGACGAGCUAAAUUUAAAAUUCGAAAUAAUCAAAGGACCUAUCCCCGAGUUUGGUAAUGGGUUUAAAAUUAAGAGCGACGGCAUUCUGUUCAAAUCCCUUGGACUUGACAUUGUCAAAGUAAAUGGGGAAGGAUCCGUCGAAGGCUACCUUCCGUUUUGCCAGCCAAGGAAAAAACAUAUAUUUGUGGUUACACAAAUCCAUAAAAUUGAUAACAACAAUAAAAGAGAAUUGUGUCACACUAUGGAAAGCUGUAAUUACUCUAGACCGGCUACAAACCCUCAUGGAUACUAUUUCAAUACGUUUGCUGUAACAAAAUUAGGUUGCUCGAAAAUUGGGGACUAUAUCAUAACUUUUCGCGCAUACAUUUCCGAGCAGCCAUUCGUCCGGGCCACACAGUCGAGGGUGGCGACGGUAAUGUCCAGAAAUACCCCAUCAGGGCGGGCUACUCCGAAUCGAUUGAUUGAUCCACCAUAUGAAAUAGAGUGGGAACAGGAGGUAGAUUUCCACGGAAGGAAAAUAUUGAAAGAUGGAGAGAAAAAGAUACGACUGCCAUAUUACGAAAUUAAGUAUUCUGUCGUGGCUGGACUUCCAGAUAAGUUUAAGAUUGAAGCAUUUGAUAAUGAAGAUCACCAUCGUAUUGGGAUAGGGUUUAAAAUGAAUGUAUCGUUUAAAGAUUCAAAUGGAAAUGCAGCAUCGGCAAAGAAUUUAGAAUCAGAACUAACAACUUUGACCCAGCAACUUAAAAUUUCUUUGGUUCCUAUCAAAAAAUCCCAAAACUUUAACCUUACCAUCACGUAUGGGGCUCUAAGCAUUGAAGGAGAUCAAUUAGUAAUCAACAACGUUAUUGCCAGUGGCUUCUUAAAUGCGGCUGAUUUUAAGGAAGGUAGGAUUGACGUUGAAAUGACGUUGAAUAACCGCACCAAAACUUCUAGUUCUUCCAAAAUUCGUUUCUACUCUGGUUUUCCGGUAAGGAUUGAGUGUUUGGAAAAACAUGUUGAAAUUGAAAAUGGGUGCAGACCUGGCUUAUCUUGUCGCGUCCUCGACUGUGGGGGUAACGUCGUCGUAGCAAAUGAGGAGGACAAGAAGCCAAUCACGCUUAGGUGUAGAAUCAUUAAAAAAACCAACCAUCAAUUUGCCUGUGAGAGAACGAUACUAGCAACAAAUUCUGUGUGCAAAACGAAUGAAGUAAUUGAUGUUGAUGAAUUUAAAAAAUUUGGAAUAACUCAAGUUGAUCUACUUUGCGAAAUAUCGUGCGAGUUAUACAGCAAUAUUAAGCCCGUCUUAGUGCCAAUCACAAUAAAGCGCAGCACAAGAGCAGAAAAACUUCUGGUUUACCGAAGAUCAAUUGAAGAUGAACAAAAUACUGUAGAAAUUUGUGAUAAAUCUGUCCAAUUUAUCCAAAUUUUGAAGGAAUUGUACUUAAGCUACAAACUAUUUGAUGGAAUGGGAAAUCCCGUAGUGUUUGAUGAAAGCAAGUACAAAGUGAAUGUAAGUUGGUCGAAGAAUGCAUGUCUUGAGAAUGGAAUCCUUCCUACGCACAAAGUUCCUAAACGGGCCGAGGAGAAGACAGAAUUUAGGACAACGUUACAAAUCCUAGGAUUCGAGGAAGAACUAAAGCACAUUUUCUACCUGACAUCCCUCCCCUUGGAACCGGACACUAUGAGUGUAUCAUUUGUGGGGGGAAACAACUCCCGUGACUUAGUUCAACUCCCAAUGGGUGAAAAGCUGCCAGCUGCAGUUGUCAAAAUUAUGGACCGUUGGAGCAAUAUUAUUCUCUAUGGGUUAAGGGAUGAAGAAUUAUCUAUUGAAGUGGACUGUUCCCGUGAGGAAGAGUUUCAAGUGGCAUUUGAUCCAGUUCGUGAAGACAUCGAUAACGGGGGAUCGUUUCUAGUUAAAGAUUUAGACAUUUCCAUACCUAGUGGGAGAAAUCUUCCCAUAGGUGAAAUGGUUUUGAAGGUUACUUUUAGAGAUUUGUCGUCCGAUUUAAAAUUAUCCGUGACUACUGGAUACCCCAAGAAACUGGGCUUUGUGAUUAAUGACCAAAAACAAAAACAACGGGGAACCUUUACUUGUCAGAAUGGAUCAGAAGUUCGAAUUUUCGCCAGAUUACUGGAUGCAUUUAAUAAUUUUACCAUAUCAAGAACACCAAUCGAAGUUAAAUUUUUACAGACACAGGACGGAGUCACUGUGAUUGAGAAAAAAAUUAUGAUGUCAGCUGAUGGCGUUGUUGAUUUUGGAGUAAUUUGUCCAGAUGUGAAAACAAACCCGAAUCGUUACUCAUCUUGCGUGGUAAAGGUUAAUGACUGCAGGGGAAGAUGUUUUGGAAAACCGAUUACCGUUACGGUCAUGGGUAACGUGGAUGGGCAUGAAAGAUCAGAUGUUUGCCACUUUCACGUAACAUGUCGAUCGGAUUUUCCAUAUCAGUUAAUCCCACACAAAGUGGAAGGACUGGGACCCUUCAGGUACGAGGCGGGGUCAAGUUUUACAAAUCUAACGGUUACUUUGUUGUCAGAGGACGGCACCAAAUAUACGUCAGCAGAGAAGGAGAAAGUUUCUCUGCAUCUUAAGCCGACAAACGGAAUAUCAGGCGUACAUUUGGAACCCAUCCUUGCCAGUGGAGUGCACGAAGGUAUUUACACAUUUGACCAAGUACCCCCAGAGGCAGGAAAUUAUGAGGCAAAAUUUUGCUAUCAAAAUGGAACAGUGGAGAUUUCAGAAAUAUUGAAAGAACCCUUGGAAAUUUACGCUGGAUCAGUUCAUGCCCUCAAACCGGAAACAGACCUUCGCGACUUGUCUGUGUCAAACAAUUCUGAAAAUGAUGAAGACCGAAUUAUUGUGGAAAAUUUAAAACUGAUCAUUGUCGAUCGGUUCGGGAAUGUUUGCACUGAAGGCGAAAAUUCAGACGACGGGAACAGCAAUUUAAGUCGGGGAGAUGUCACAAUAGAUUUUCCUGGGGAAAUGAAACUACAAAAUUUGGAAAAUUGUACUACUCUGAGCUCAAAAAUUGCACUUAUCAAUGGGUAUGUGUCCAUCCCUAAAUUAGCAGUCGUGGCAGGUUUACCUUUACCAAACAACUCAAAGCACACGAUACGGUUUAUCCUGAAAAUGGAAAGUAGCUCAGAAUUUGUGUUUCCUUUGGAAUUUACGUUUUUUAAUAAUUCCGAACAAAUGGCCGCGAAUCGGAAAUUAAGAGAGGAAAUUGCAACAUUGGAGGGGGAAAUUGCAAACAAGAAACAAAGUUUUCAAUCGUCUGAAAAUUCUAUGAUGCUUAUCCAGGCUAAAAUUGAAGGACUGAGAGAGAGGGAACGACAAGAGAAAGAAAUCUUAAAGAAUAUUUCUUCACAAGAAUUUGUUGAAACAUUAAAAAUGUCAAAAGAUGUAACUGAUCGGGAAGCAUGUCUAAAGACAACUGAGAAGGAAUUGGAAGGCGAGAGAAAUAUGACGAAAUCUAACAUUCCCCCAGGACCUGGUGCCGGUGAACCAAAUGUUUUUGGACCAAUUGGUUUGUUAGCGGAGAUAAAGCGAGGUGGAGAUAUUUCCAUAGAUUUGAAUCUUCGACGCAUCCUCUCUUGGCACUUGCAAAAUAAAUUGUCCGUUAUCGUAACUGCGACCUCAAAGACAGGUCGGGAUCUCGAAAAACUUUUUCCAAAGGAACAAUUCAUGUUACUUGACAUUAUCAAGGACUAUCCCCCAAACACAGUCGCCCUCUCUGGGCCUGGAAACCCGGUCUAUGCCCGAACUUUGCUCAACUUCACGAAGCCUGAGGCCACAGCAGCAACGAGAAAAGUGCUUAACAAAAUUCUAGGCGAUACAAUAAUCAUGGACGAUCUGCCAACGGCUAUAGACUUCAUGAAGAAAUACAAUCAGGGAAGAUAUAAUUGUCCAACUAUCCUAACCAUGGAUGGGAGACGUCUCACGAGCGACGGAAUAAUCGGAGGAAGCGCUACCCACGUUCCAAAAAGUGUACGAUUUUCGUUCGGAUUGGCAUCUGGUGUUGAGCUAGCGCAGAUUCAGGAGCAGUUAAAAAUCCUCCCCACCUUGAAGAAGAUCAUGGAGGAGGCUGAACAAGUCGAAAGAACGGAUGGCCCAAGAUUAAAAUCGCUAAGGGCUUCAUGUAUCAAGAGUAAGGAGAAUAUUGGGAAGUUGGAGGAACGGCGGAUGAAGGUUGUUGAAAGGUUAGAAGGUUCUAUGCCACGGGGAAAAAACCAACCUCGCCGGACAAGAUUGACGAGAGGGGAGGAUCAUGAAAUAACGAACAAAAAGGCUAGAAGAACUUAGCCAUUUAAGCCGUUACUUGACAAACCUGUGUAGGGUUUGUAUUAAAUAUUUAUGUACAGUUUUAGGGUACUUAUUUCUGGCAAUAAACAUUUACGUCUUCUUAAUUGAAAAGCUUUCCAAUAAACAUGACCCAUGUCUUG